AUGAAGUUUUUUAAUCACAAACAAAUUCAAGAAUUAAUGCCAAUGAAUAAAUGUAUUGAAACAAUGGAAAAAAUGUUUGAAAUGUUUUCAAAUAACAUUGAUCAUACAUAUUUUUCAUUUCCUGUUAGAACAGCAUUACAUGUACCUCAAUCAUUAAUUCCAAAAACAUAUGAAAAGCAAAUUUCAAUAUUAGGAUAUAUGCCAUCAUUUGCAAACUUAUCCGAAUUACAAUUAAAUAUGGAUUUUAAAUCUUUUAUUGCAACAAAAAUCAUUACUGUAUAUAUGCCAAGUGAAAAUACACAUUUAGGAUUAGUUUUAUUAUUUGAAGCAAUUAAUGGACAUCUUAUUGGCUUAUUUGAUGCAAAAACAAUUACAUCAAUAAGAACUGCAGCAUGUUCAGCAGUUGCAGCUAAAUAUUUAUUAGAUAUUACUAAUUAUCAUCAUCAUUUGAAUAUUGCAAUUAUUGGAAAUGGUGAACAAGCUAGAAUGCAUACACUUGCACUAGCAUACGCUUUUAUAUCAACAAAUUUAUUUCUAAACAUUAUAAUAACAGGUCGAAAUGAGAUAAAAUUAAAUAAUUGUGUAAUAGAAAUUCAAAAAUUAUUAAACGAUAAUAAACUAAAUAAAAGAAUUGAUGUAAAAUAUUCUAUUAAUAUUGAACAAACAGUAUAUUCUUCAAAUCUUAUAUGUACUGUAACAUCUUCACAAACGCCAAUAUUAAAUCAUAAAUGGGUUAAACAUGAUACAGUAAUUAUUGCUGUUGGUGCAUGUAAAUCAACAUUUAGAGAAAUUGAUAGUGAUCUUGUUCGUGAUAGUAUUCUAAUAGUUGAUCAUAAAGAGUCUGCUCUCAAAGAAGCUGGUGAUAUAUUAAUUCCAAUUAGUGAAGGAAUUAUAACAGAAACACAUAUUUUUUGUGAACUUGGCGAUAUUAUAACUAAAAAAAAGAUUUUACCAAAAACAAAUUCAAAUAUAAUAUUAUUUAAAUCACUUGGACUAGCAAUUGAAGAUUUAAUGACAUGUGUACAAAUUUAUUCCGAUGCAUUAAAAUAUACUGAUUCAACUUUAUUUUAUACACUUCUUAAUGUUGAUUCUAUUUGUACACAAAAUGUUAUUGAAGAUAUAUAUCCAUUUCCACAAUUACAUCAUAUUUAUAAUGCACAAAAGACAAUAGAAAAUAUUAGUAAACAAACUCCACUUGUACUAUUAAAUGAUUCAAAUUAUGCGAAUAUGAUAUAUUUAAAAUUAGAAAAUUUACAACCAAUUGGAUCAUACAAGCUUAGACCAGCUGCCAAUGUUCUUCUUGGAAUAAAAGAGAAAAAUUUAGAUAUGUUUGAUCAUAUUCAAAAAACAGGUGUUGUCACAUGUUCUGCUGGAAAUUUUGCACAAGGUAUAGCAUAUGUUUGUAAACAAUUAAAUAUACCCUGUACAAUUAUUAUUCCAUCACAUGCACCAGAAAUAAAACGAAAUGCUAUAUUACGAAUAAAUAAUCAAGUACAACUUGUUACUAUGGAAAUGAAUGAAUAUUGGAAUACAUUUAUUAAUGAAAAAUAUAAAGAAAAUGAAUCACUCUAUUUUAUUUCACCAGGCACUAAUCCUUAUUGUAUGGCAGGUAAUGGAACUAUAGCUUUAGAAAUUCUUCAACAACUUCCAAAAUCUGUUCCACUAGAUAAAUUAGUCGUAUUAGUUCCAUAUGGUGGUGGUGCAAUGACUCUCGGCAUUUGUAUAGCACUUAAAUCAAUAAAUCCUAAUAUACAAGUGUAUGCUUGUGAAGUUGAAACAGCAGCACCAUUAUAUGCCUCUCUUAAUGCUGGAAAACCUACGGAAAUAGUAUAUAAUCCUUCAUUUGUUGAUGGCAUUGGAGCUAAAGAAGUGCUUCCAAAUAACUUUUAUAAGCUUAAACAAAUUCUUAAUGGAUCAUUAGUAGUGAGUUUAAAAGAUGUUUCACAUGCUCUUAAAUUAUUAGUAGAACGAAAUCAUGUUGUGGCAGAAGGUGCUGGUGCUACAUCUGUUGCAGUAGCAUUAAAAUAUUUUUCAUCAAUAUUUAAUCAAAAAGUAAUAGUAUGUGUCAUUUCUGGAGGUAAUAUAGAUACAGUUAAACUUAUUCAAGUUCUUACUGAUAAUUUAUAG